AUGGCCACCAAGUGGUUCAGCGGGGCGCCCUUCGGGGUGCAGAGCGCCAGGUUUGAUGUCUCUGCUGUUUAUCCCAAUCAGAAGAAGUUUAGUACUUUCACAGAGGCCCCAUACUCCAGGCAUUAUUCCACAGAAGUGUCCCACAUAGGACCUGGAACUUACAGCUCCAGGGAGACCUGCUUCAGCAAGAAGAAGCUGAGCAGGGAGGUGGGCACUGGCUGGGCCAAGACCCAAGAAGCCACCCGGCUGACCCAGAUGCCCCACUUCCAGUACCAGGCCAUCAUGAGAGAGAAACAGCUGCAGAAGGAAAAGCUGGGUCCCGGAUCCUACAACUUUAAAGACUUUUUGGAACAGCUGCAGCAGAAGCCAGGCAGCACCCGGGGGUUGCUCAGCUCCGGGGAGGUUCGCUUCCGGGGACUCGUCGGGAACUACUAUCCAGGCCCUGGAAAUUAUGGAGAGAAGGGCAACCCAUACACAAAGAUGGAGGAGAAUGCAUGGAACCGGUCCCAUUCUGAGGGCCUCAUGUGUAGGAUGACCAACAAGCCACCCCCCUUGGCUCAUCAGGGAAGUGGCCUGGGACCAGGGACAUAUGUCUUCAAAAGUGGCAUCGAGACGUACCUGGAACGAAGAGUUGGUACCCGUGGCCCUUAUGACAUUUUUACUGGUGACCGAACCAAGCCCCAGCCUUAUGGACAUUACUCUGUGCAGAAACAAAAACCCAGGGAGCUGAUGAGUUUCAAGAGCUUCGUGGAAGAACUGAACUCACGUCACAAGAAGAAACAUGGGGUGUUUUCAAAACUUUCCCACAGCCUGAAAACUUCAGAGAAGAGUUACAGUGCCACCUCUAGCAAGUCCCCCAAAAAAUUGGCCGCUUCUGGUCCCAGUACAUCAGUUGAGCACACGAUGGAACGUAAACAUGUCAACCGGCCACCAUUCCUGAUGUCCUCGAAGCGGAUUAGCAUAAAUGCCUACCAGACGCUUUUGGGAAGCUGGAACCCUGUAGGUGUAGGCCGCUACCUCAACGUCUGGUUGAUGGAGACAAAGGACAGAAGGCAGCGAUACCGAUCUCUAUACAUGGGCGAAUCCAAGCGCUACCCCUCGGACCCAGCCUGGGACAUGAUUUUGCAGUGA